GGCAACAGUGAGGUCACAAGCAGCAAGGGAAGGCCACCAGGAUCGCAGAGAUGCGCUUCUGUGUUGGGUGGAGGCGAAUCAUCACCAGCAACGGCUUAUCUCGGGACUGCUUGAAAGAAAUACAAACCCCUGUUUAUCAAGACCCUUAGUGUUGAGUUUAUCGGCAUAUUAUCGGAAGCUGACACAGUUCUUAAUGCCAUGAGAUUCAAGGCUGUCCCUUGGUCAUUAACACGUACGCAGAGAAACAAGCGUGGCCCAGAGCAGCGUGGGGUGCGCGGCUGUUCAGAGUCAGACUGGCAGAGGCGGGAGCCCCAGGGAAGAGGACCAGCCGCCCCGCGCAGUGGGCAGCGCCGGCCGGAGGGAGGAAGCCGGGAGCGCCCCCGCCCCGCCCGCGCCCCAUUUAAACCACAGGGCGGAGGCCGCGCCUCCCGCCCGCCCGCAGGUGAGUGUCGCCAGACCCGGGACCAUGCCCGCCGACCUCAGCGGCACCUGGAACCUGCUCUGCAGCGACAACUUCGAGGGCUACAUGCUGGCCCUAGCUUCUGCCAAACUGCCGGGAGAAGAAAGGCAACUUGUCCUUUGGACAAAGACGAGCUUACUUGGAGGAGCUGGCCUGCAAUUGGAGAAUUCCUGGUGCACCCUCCGGUAGCCAGAGAGACCCAGGGUGCAGUGCUCCAGGCAGGGAGGAGCCCUGUGUAAGUGACCACAGAUGUUGGCCAAGUGGCCCAGGUGGUGGUGUUACCAACUUGCCCCAAGUCACCGCACAAACUGGGGUUUGAAGGCAA